AUGUUGUGGUGUCGACAAGUGUCCAGGGUCAUGAUGGCGACCGAAUUCACCGAGCAAGCUGUGUUUGAGUUUUUAACGGAGAGAGGAGGGAGGGUCAGACAAAUAGACCUGAUUGAUCACUUUGAAGCCAUUUUCAAGGAUGCCGAUUCAAAGAAAACGUUUGACAAAGACACUCUGCUCCGGUUCGUGGACAAUGUUGCUGUUGUGAAAUUGGUGGAUGGAGUUAAAUUUGUCAGCUUGAAAAAAGAGUGCAAUGGAUCACUGAUGCGCGCGGUUACGAAUGGCCAUGAUAAAGAGUGCAAUGGCAACGGUGUCGGUACAGAGGAGAGUUCGCUGUCAGAGCAGGGACUGCAAACCGAGACGGAACACGCCGAGGUGGGAACCAACAACAUAAACACUAUGCACAAACAAACCGUGGCAACUGCGAAAUCUGAUUCGAAUGGCAACUCCGACAUCAAAUAUAAAGCACUAGAUAAUGCUUCCCCUGUCUACGGCAACAAUCACCCGUGCAUUGAGGAGGAACCAGCCGUGUCCCCGAAGGAAACGGCGGUGGACUAUCCCUCAGGGGAGGUAAAGCUGAGAGACAGGAGGAGGAGAGAGUCAGCCCCAGCUAUCGGUUUGGAGCAUGAUUCCGCCAGCUUAGGUGGACUACAUGGCCAGGUGCGAGGGGGUCGGAGGGUGUCCCGUGGCUCGCAGAGAGCCCUGCUGACCAGUGGACUCUCAGAGGACAGUGUCUGGGAGGGGCUGGACUCUGGCUGCGUGUCUGGAGAUGGGAGCACUCCCAAAGGCAGCCGCAGGAACUUCAUUGAGCUGAUGAUGAGCAGUUCUCCACAGGUGCGCCGGUCUCUAAUUCACCGCGGCUCGCGGCUCAGGGACUCGGUGAGAAGUGACGGCGACUCCACCUCGCUCCUCUCCUCGGCUGACGACGCAGACUGCGCCUCAGUGGCCCUGGACCCUCUGGAGCAUGAGUGGAUGCUGUGCUCCUCAGACGGCCUGUGGGACAGCCUGCAGCCUCUGCUGUCCCUGGAGCCCAGCCUCAUCUCCAAGAGAGACUUUGUGACAGGCUUUACCUGUCUGCACUGGGCAGCCAAGCAAGGCAAACAAGAGCUGCUGGCUCAGCUGCUGGCGUUUGCCAAGGAAAACUCGGUACCGGCGGGCGUGAACGCUCGCUCAAGCGCGGGCUACACACCCCUUCACCUGGCAGCCAUGCAUGGGCACACACAGGUGGUGCGUAUUCUGAUGUCAGACUGGGAGGCAGACACCGAAGCCAGGGAUUACAGCGGGAGGAAGGCCAGCCAGUACCUGCCCUCUGCUGUGGCUGCGGACCUACCGGAAGGGAGCGCGGUGUCCCCUGGAGGGUACUCGGACCCAGAAAACACAGACAGUGGAACGGGUCGAUGGCGAUUCCCAAGAGUCCUUCAGUCCAACCUGAACCCUCUGAGGCUUCUGAACAUGCCCACCGAAGGGACAGGAGAAGGGAGUGGGACGGGGAAGAGCAAGGGCAUGCACAGGAAGUCUUCUCUUAGCAGGAUCAAUGCUCGGCUGCACCGUGGACGUUCCCGGACCCAGAUCAUCCACAGUACUUCCUUUAGGGAGGCAGGGGAAGUUAAUGGGGGGGACAAUUCCCCCACCAGCCCCCUCAAACCCAGACCUCUGUCCAACCUAUUUGGAUGAACUCUCAUGAUAUAUUCAAGUUUUGUUAUUGGUUGUUUCUAUACUAAAAUAACAUGGAGAAAGCUAAACUAUGCUAAGCAAGACAUAUUUAAAUGGAAGAGGAAGGUGAGAAAAUAACAUACUUAGGUCCACACUAUUCAAAGGAAUUAUGUUUUCUAUUUUGCAGUGUACAAUGAUUAUUUAUAUAACAUUUUCUAGAUUUCUAUUUGCUUCCGUUUGAAGGUGCUACUGGUUGAUGUAUUCAUUAAUUUAAAAUGACAAUAAUAUUUAACCACUGAGUUAUAGGGUACUUUACGUUUAUUUAACUGCAUUUGACACUUUGAAAGUAGCAAAACAUUGCUGAGAUUAUGACAUGGCAGGUGGCCAACAGCUGACUAGACUUCAAGACCUGAAGCAUUGUACCUGUAUUUGUUCUUUUGACAUCUACCAUGGUUUCAUGUAGUGGUUGUCCAGGGAGAGGGAAGUAGAAGAGAUGUGCAGUAGUUUGGGGUUGAGGUUGGGUUGCGCUGCUGUGUAGAGGCAGUUAGUCUGUGGCUGUGUUAUUGUGCCUACAUGACAGAUGAAGCUAGAUCAAGACAUUUGAUAAAUGACAGCCUGUUUGUAGUCUGAACCUUCCAACUAGUGUUUCCUUUGUGUAGCUGGAGGCAAACGUCCUAUGAUGGUCCUAAUGACUAGAGUACCUCGUGUUCUUCUGCUCAAACCUCAAACUCUCCCUAAAGAUGCUGCUUUGUAAACAAGAAUUUGUUCAAAUCCUUUUGUCUCCCGUCUCUAGGGGCUAACUAUUUGCUGUAGAGGUUGAAUGUUUUUAUGCUGCACAACACUGCAUGCUAUUAUGUUGCACCAUAUACUUUUGGGGGUUUUGAUCACUAUAAAUGACUGUUACCAUUAUCACUGAGCCAGAGGGGUUUGGCUGUAGUUCCCCACUUUAAACAUUUAAUUAAACAGUUCAUGCUAGAGGCUACUUUCA